AUGGAAAUGCUCACAAAUACGUGAAAACUGUUUUCUGUCACUUUACACUUCUUAUUUGAUAUUGAAACGCCAAUUUUUUAACUAUUUACAAGUUAAUCACAUAGCACUAAAAUAAAACUGGGUAUAAGUACUUCGAAAAAUGGCAGGGUUACCAAAACUGCCCGGAUUUACCUUUAAAGAUCCCACGAAACAAAAUUUUAACUUGGCACAGACUUUUAAUAUUGUAAAUGGCUAUCAACUUCCAAGGACCAACUACAGUGGCAUCGGAAAAUCCGAACUGGAUGUGAAUUCAGUGAAUUACUUCAAUAAAUUGGACGCUAUCCACUACGAUCCAACGCUAACGUACGGCCGAUGUCGCUCCAUGCCGCCAAAAACAUUUAUGCCGCAUUACGCUCUUUACGAUCAGAAAUGUUUAACAUUUAAAGCAUUUUUUAAACAAGCUGUAUUUGAGUCUCCGUGGGAAUUUUUUCGGGUGCGACAAGUAAACAUUAUUUAUUUCUUGGAAGAUGAUACUUUAACUGUAAUCGAACCAAAAACUGAAAAUAGUGGAUAUGAUCAAGGACGAUUGGUAACGCGAGGCAAAAUACAAAAAUAUGAAGAUGGGACGUUAUUUCAUUGGAAGGACUUGAACAUUGGACGGGACAUUUGUAUUUAUGGCAUUGUUUAUCACACAGUGGACUGUGACAACUUCACGAGAGAAUAUUUGGCAUCUCAAGGCGUGGAGCUCGCCCAACGUGAAGAAAUGCCACCAGAUCCGUACACACAAGAUCGCAAGUUUAAAACCGCCGUUACUACCCACAAAACUCACCAAAACGACGAUAAAGUCCGCCGGUUCCUAGAAUACGACGGGAAAAUACUGAAAUUCAAAGCCUUGUGGGAUGACGAGAGCGAAUACGGAGAAAAACGUCCCUAUGAAGUCUAUUACUUCCUCUGCGACGACACCGUCUCCGUCAAAGAAGUAAUGGAAGAUAUGGAAGGCAGAGAUCCCUUUCCACAAUUAUUACGUCGCACAAAACUUCCGAAAAUCUGGACACAACGUCCGGAUGACUUCCCUUCCAUAUAUCUUGAGUUGAGUGAUAAUGAAGUCACUGAAUUUUAUCAACCCAAGGAUUUCCGUGUUGGCGAGACCAUCUUUAUCCUAGGCAGGAGGAUGCUUCUGUACGAUUGUGAUAAAUUCACGCGUAACUACUUCGCAAAGGUUCUGAAUUAUACUCAAGAGCCUGCGAUUGAUGUGUCCAUGCCUAAAAAACCAAAGGUGGUGCACAAAAUGCCACCGCACGUGAUGGGCAUUGGAUCUUUAGAAGACUCAUUAGAAAGCACCCUUAGGAUUAUUCCAAAGGUCCCCAAAAAAGAUGUGAUUCGCCAGGUUACAAAUGCGAAUAAAUAUCUGCGGUACAUAAUUAAAUUUGAUCUCGUUCAUCCGGAAGAUGAAAUCCGCAAGUUUAUUCUGAAAUAUAACCUUGGAGAUGGUACAUGUUCGAUUUACGAACCGCCGAUUAUUAAUUCGGGUAUUCUGGGCGGUAAAUACCUAAGAGCGACAAUGUUGAUCAAGCCUGGCUCCGACCCGGUGAAUCCCGAGUAUUAUACACCCGUGGAUUUUUACAUUGGAGCUGUAAUAUCAGUCUUCCAGCAAAGAUUCAUUGUCAUCGGCGCUGAUCUCUACACAUACAGAUACAUGCAGAAGAAUCCUGAGAAGUUCCCCUGUGAGGUUGUUGAGAACUUGCGAAAUUACAUGUUUAAUCAAGGAUUGCUUGACAAUGACUUGCAAGAACAAGUUGAACAGGAGCAUGAAGUCGCAAAGAAAGAAAAACGAGAUGCUAUUGGAAGGGAAAUCGAAAUCAGAGCCACCGAAAUGGAGAAGUGUAUUGAAGCAGCAAAUGCAGGUAAUCCAGACGAAGUCAUCCAGCAAGCUAAAAUGGAUAAGAUUGUUGAAGAAUACGAGGAGUCCAUCAAACGACGAACGCCUGUUCCACCACACGGUAUCAAACCGGUUAACUUAGACUGUGCUUAUAAUGUACAUGUUGGGGAUAUAAAACCAGUUGAAUGUGUGGAUAUUGGCGACAGUGAAUUUACGCCGAAACAUAUAGAUACAAAAGAAGAAGCGUUGAAGAAGCAUUAUGAUGCUAUUCUAGCGAAACACAAAGAGGUGUGCGCCACUACAAAAUUACCGGAAUGUGAGACACCUACUCCAAUCGGAUUGGACAGACCUCCAAUGAAGAAAGAAAAAGUUAAAGCAGAACCUUUGAUGGUACAACCCUACGAGUUACCCUAUGGAGCUUGUCGUAUAAAGAGCGUGCGUUUCGCCGAAGGACCGGAAAGAUGUGAGAGAGAUGCAAAGGAUCUCUGUGAUCACAAAAACAAGCAAAUAGCCUGCAAUUGCACCAACUACUAUCAGAAAUGCACAUAGACAUACCUUCAAACCAACAAAAUUCUUAAUUAUAUUUUCAAUAACCUAGAAAAUUAUAAAAAACACAUUUCGAAAUAUUUAAUCCAUACCAGGUGGCAAAGGUUCAGAAUCUAUCCUUGGGAUAUCAAACUGAUGUGCAUCCUGGAAUAUAAAUUAUUUUGUUAAAACCUUUGUAAUAACAACAAAAUAAAAAUAAUUUUACCACA